AUGUCCAUAAAUAAUGUUGAAUUAGUUGACAACUAUACCGAAGUGUUGGGUAAUAGCCAAGAAAUUCCAUUUUUAUUGGAGCAGACAGAGGCUGUUAAAUUUUCCACACCAACUUCUAGACAACCCUUAUCAAUAUCACUGCGUGAUCCAGUUUCCAGAAAGAUUAAUAUCACAGCUAAUGAUGGGUAUAUGUACCUAACGAAUUUGAGAUUGAUAUAUAUAACAGCCCUGCAAGGUGACAUCGAUAGCUUUCUGAUGGAUAUGAAGGGAGCUCAAGAUUUGCACUUUUCCCAUGCAUUGAAAUCACCGUGGUUUGGCCCGAACUAUUGGGAAUUUAUGUUUCUCAAUGCAAGUAGGCCAAACGUUACAAUCGAUGGAUUGCCGAAGAAUGAGUGGUUUAAGGGUAAGAUCGCAUUUAAUGAUGGUGGAAUAUUUACAUUCGUAGAGAUAAUGAAUCAGGUACUAAAUGAUGCUGCUAAUAAUACUGAAAUCGACGAAGAAUUGCCAAGAUAUACCCCUACAUAA